AUGAGUAGCCUUCAUAUUACACUUUCUUUCCUCUUGUUGCUCAUUUUUAAUCUUCAAGACCUGUCUGCGGCUCCUAGUAGACACUUGUGUCAUCCUGAACAAAGGGAUGCCCUUCUCGAGUUCAAGAAGGAGUUUGAGAUUCAGAAGACUCACCCUGAUGAUUAUUGUUAUUCAGAAUUCCUCGGUAGCUCCGUAAGCCCUCAUCCGAAGACGGUGUCAUGGACAAAUAACAGCGACUGUUGUCAUUGGGAGGGUAUCAAGUGUGAUGCCAAGUCUGGAAAAGUGAUCAAGCUAGACCUCAGUUGCAGUGGCCUCCACGGCAGGUUACAUUCGAAUACCAGUCUUUUUAGGCUUCAAAACAUUCGUUUUCUAGACCUUUCCCAAAAUAACUUACAUGGUCAAAUCCCAUCCUCGGUUGGGAAACUUUCUCACCUCACUUGUCUCCAUCUUUUUCAGAAUCAAUUAUUGGGUCAGAUUCUGUCCUCACUUGGGAAUCUUUCUCAUCUCACCUCUCUCCAUCUUUCUAAUAAUCAGUUUUCCGGUCAUAUCCCAUCUUCAAUUGGAAACAUUUCUCAUCUCACCUCUCUCUCCCUUUCUAAUAAUAAUUUUACUUCCCAUAUUCCAUCUUCGAUUGGACAUCUCUCUGGUCUCACCUCUCUCGACCUUUCUUUUAAUCAGUUUUCGAGUCAGAUUCCAUCUUCAAUUGGAAACCUCUCGCAACUCACAUCUCUCGAGCUUUCACAUAAUAAUUUCACUGGCCAGAUUCCGUUCUCAGUUGGAGAUCUCUCUCAUCUUACUUCUCUCGAUUUUUCUCAAAAUCAGUUUUCCUGUCAGAUUCCAUCUUCAAUUGGAAAGCUCUCUCAUCUCUCAUCUUUUUCUCUUUCUACUAAUCAGUUUUCUGGUCAGAUUCCAUCCUCAAUCGGAAACCUCUCUAAUCUCACAUCUCUCUCUCUUUCUGAUAAUCUGUUUUCGAGUCAGGUUCCAUCUUCAUUUGGAAACCUCUCUCAACUCACAUCUCUCGAUCUUUCUAAAAAUAACUUUACCGGCAAGAUUCCCUUCUCAAUCGGAAAGCUCUCUCAGCUCACAUCUCUCUCUCUUAUCGAUAACCGGUUUUCCGGUCAGAUCCCAUCGUCGAUUGGAAAUCUCUCGGGUCUCACCUAUCUCGGACUUUCUAGAAACAGUUUCGUUGGUGAAAUCCCAUCAUCUUUCGGCAGUUUGAACCAACUGUCCAUGUUCUUUGUAAGUCUGAACAAGCUCAGCGACGACAACAGUUUCGUCGGAAGCAUUCCUUCUUCUCUCUUCACCAUUCCUUCUUUGACCAAUAUUGACUUCAGUAACAACAACCUCAACGGCACUCUUGAGUUUGGGGAUGGGAAUACUUCUUCACCGUCUACGCUACAAGAGCUGCUCCUUGGAAACAACAACUUGAGAGAGCUAAGCUUGAGGUCUGGCUCCAGGCUUGUCAAUCUUCAGAACCUCAACAUUUCCAACAAUGAGAUCAACGGUCAAGUGCCUCGCUGGUUAUGGACGCUACCGUAUUUGCGUUACGUGGAUCUUUCCAACAACGGUUUCAUCGGUUUCGAAAGAUCAGCGAAACAUGGACUAAUGUCUGCUUUGUCCAACUUGUUUGGCUCCAACAACAGUUUCAGGAAAGAUUCCUUCUUUCAUAUGCGAGUUCCGGUCUCUAAGCAUUCUCGAUUUGUCAUACAACAACUUCAAUGGUUCAAUUCCUCUUUGCAUGGGAAAUCUCAAGAGUAA